AUGGCAGGUGCUUCUUCUCAAGCUGCAUCAGUAGGGGGGCUUGCCCUGGGCGCCUCCCGUGGAGCUCAUCCCACCAUACGCCUGGACUCCUUCAUGAAGUCCACGGACCCUUGCUAUCAGCACGCCGAGGCGCCGACGCAAGGAGACCGCUUCAUCCGGAAGAUGGCCACCUACGGCCAGAUCCGGCCCUCUGUCAGCUUUGUGAGCGAAGCCCGAGUGGUUCGACCCAUGAAGGAAUCGGGUGCGAUGGACAUGUCCGUUCUGCCGAACCCCGUCAUGGACCCCAGGGGAGAUCCGCGGGAAGGCACCUUUGAGAUUCCUGCCCCUCCUCCUGAAGUUGAUGACUCCUUCAUCAAGAUGUACCAGAACCACAGCUUGAUGCUGCCGUCUGAGCGGUACAAGGAGCAUCUGAAGAUGAAAGCAGGGGAGAAGAAGUGGCGAGAAGAAAGGGAUGCCAUCUUUCGCUACCGCAAGCGAAUGAAUGUCCUGGAGCGAAAGCACCCUGAAGGCAUCCUGGGAAUUGAUGGCCCGACGCAUCCAGAUACGAUGCUGUACCGUGAUCGGUAUGAGCACUUUGCAGCUCAGGCCGAGCGGAAGGCAGCCCAGGCCGAGCACCGGUUUGCGCAGCUCCACGGACAGAACUACUCGGACGACGCCGUGGCCAUGCGGCACUACGGCACAGAUCCACUGCUCGAGCGCUCCCAGGAUGUCUGCAUCCAGCGGAAGCGCGUUGACCCGGAGCAGCAUCCCUUCCGCUUCCUGGACACUCACUCACGCUUGUUCCCAAAGUACUCACCCACUUGGGAUCCGGAGCGGGCGUCGGCCUUGAGAAGCCACGAAGUCAGGGACAAGGCGCACAACAUCAUCAACGGCGCGGACAACUCCUUGACGUAUGAAGUGGCGCUCCCGUGGGAGGAGGUUCAGCAGCAAGCCGUUCAGCGGAGGAUCGCAGAAGCCGCCAAAACGGCGACGCGGAGUUCAAGCAGUCAUGAGAUUUGA